AUGGCGUCUGCGAUCGUAAUCCAUCCUAUCCAAGCGCAAUUCACCGGGCGUAUAGGAAAUGAGAUUCGCAACCUCCGGCAAAACGACAGCGGCUUCACAACAUUCAGCGCAAAGAUAUCCAUACCUGGCGCGACAAAGAAUGCUGCAGCGAUCGUUGACGUGGAAUUGACGACACUAUUGAAAUAUAACAUUGACAUGAAUGUGGGUGAUCUUUACACGAUCAGUUGUAAAUUCAUUGCCUCCAAUACGCCACGCAACGAUACUCUGCACUUCUGCAAAGACAGUUGCGUCAAGUUGCUCAGCGCAGAAGAAAGCGGAUCGACUUUCGACAACAAUGCAAUGGGCAGAAUCAGUAUGGUAGCCUUAGGUACCGUCGUUGCGAAAGAAAUUCUACCAAACCCAGAAAACGAGUCUGAGGUCUCGGUCGUGCUGACAGUGAAAGCGGUGGAUAUUGAUCCAGUCAGUCGAAGCCCGGUCACAUGGAUCAGUAGGCAUUAUGUUGGAACGGUCUCCGGCACGACGACACUCGACCAAGAUUGCGCAAUCGGAACCGAAGUUGAAUUAGCUGGGAUGGUCAUAGGCUAUGACCCAGCCACCUUCACGUGGAUAUUGAAGGCGUACUCAAUGACGGUAUUCGGCGCCACCAUUCCCACUGGGGUCCCUGCAUGGAAACAAACGGCGACAGAGACCGCCACCAUUCAACAUACGUCGGUGUCACAUUGGGAAAAUCAGUACAUAACCGGACAGUAUGUUGACGCCAGUUCUGUGACACCUCAUGCGAAUAGAUCAUUGGAAGGCACAAAAUUGUCAAUAUCGAUGGGUUAG